AUGCGUCUGCUAGAUACGCAUACGUUAAAGCUUGAGAGCUUUGUAGACGAGCACCCACCUUAUGCAAUCCUGUCGCAUUGCUGGGAAGAUGAGGAAGUCAUCUACUCCGAUCUUCUUGAUCUUCCCAAGGCGAAGAUGAAGAAGGGAUUCAGCAAAGUCGAGAAAACCUGCCAGCAAGCUGUCAAGGAUGACUAUGACUAUGUUUGGAUCGACACCUGCUGUAUUGAUAAGAGCAGUAGCGCGGAGUUAUCUGAAGCCAUCAACUCCAUGUUCGCAUGGUAUAGGAGAUCAGGCAAGUGCUAUGCCUAUCUAGCUGACGUCAGCGAGCGAAAGGAUAUCACGCGAAGCAGAUGGUUCAGUCGGGCUUGGACAUUGCAAGAACUCCUCGCGCCGAGUAGCAUACAGAAUGAGGGCAGGGUUGGGAUGGAAUUCUUCUCGUGUCACUGGGAACCGUUAGGAAGCAAGUCAGGCUUGAGCAACUUUAUUGCAGGGGUUACUGGUAUUGGCGUGGAGUACUUGGAGGGCAAGAGUAUAUCUGCGGCGAGCAUCAGCAUGCGCAUGUCCUGGGCGGCUGAACGACAUGCCACGCGGGCAGAAGAUGUCGCGUACAGCUUGCUCGGUAUCUUUGAUGUCAACAUGCCCUUACUAUACGGCGAGGGAAAGUUGAAGGCAUUUCGGCGCCUACAGGAAGAGAUUAUGAAAAUCUCCGAGGACGAAACAUUGUUCGCCUGGGAAAGCACGGAAUUCAACAUAGGCGCCUCUUCUGCCGACGUACUUGCUAGCGAUCCCAGAGACUUCGGCGAGGCCAGAAACUUGAUCUCAUUUGCGUCUGACGACCCUGUCAUUCCAUAUGCGAUGACACACAGAGGACUGCGAAUCUGGCUUCAACUUUUCCGAUUCGAUGACUUCAGUGAGGGUGUGUCGCCUGGCUUGUCCCAAUCCGUUCGGCCCUUGCGUUCGCCAGUCAUGAUAUGGUCUAGCCACGACCUAGUUUGGGCGAUCUUGAGAUGUCAUGUUGUUCAUGACUUCCAUCAUUUUGUCAUCAUACCACUUAAGCAUCUCGCAGCUGAUAUCUAUGUCCGCGAUACAAGCACCAACGUCGCCCUAUUGCCCACAAUAUCGAUAACACGUCCGAUUCCCGAAAAAGAAUUAUACAUUCGCAACAGCCGCACACAGUCUAUUUCCAACAGCGUACAGCGCCGCUUUGGCUUCCUCAUUCGCAACAUUCCUGAAGGUCUCCAGAUUUCACGUACAUCAUGCCCUACAACAGCUUGGAACCCGAAGGACAAGAUUCUGCAAGGCGAAAAGAACACUUCAAACGAAAGAUUCUGGCACGCAAGUCUGCUGCUCACCUUCCAGUCUUCAGAAAAGUUUCUUCCAUUCAAAUACGGGGUUUGCCUGAGUCUCGGUUGUAUUUCAGAGCCUGGAUACAAAGAGCCAAAACCCUGGUGUCACCUCGAUGACACGGUACGAUAUACGAAUGACAUUGAUCUGGUGUCCUUUCACAAUGGUACCUGCUCGAUGGAAGAGCGCCGCGAAGUGGCCCAGUAUCAUGAUGCUUAUUGGACCAAGGACAACGCCAGUCUCAGAGUGGUGAUCAAUGAAAAGAAGGUAUUCGGACAGCGCAUGUUUGUUGUGGAUUUGGAUUACCCAGGCGGCAGCAAUACACUCGACGCACCAGAAAUCACGACCCGAGAGAAGAUAGAUUGCUUGAAAACCAACUCCACCGCAGUAGGGAAAAGCUUUUCUCCAAAUAUCGACGUUGUAGGCAUUUCAACACCAGCGCCUGAGCAGCCCACUGCUUUACCCCCUAUCAAGUAA